UGUGGUCACACUAAUAGUUAAAUAUUUGUUAUUGCAGUCUUAUUUUCUUAAACAGUUGUUGGUCAUAAUAGAGAUGGUGCACGUAUAAUAUUUGCACAGCCGGCACGAGUUACGGCUGUGCCAUCAGGUCGCAUAACAACACGUUCAUUAAAAACUAAAACCGAUAACUCGGCACGCGACUUUUUUAUAAUAACGCAAAAAACGCCACAUGCACGUUUACAAGAUGGGGAAUCGAACGCCCGAGCUAAUUAUAUGCUCCUUCCUGGUAGCCAGCCUGCUGGUAAUACACUUCUUCACGGACCUGUUGCGCGCCUCGCUAGCGGGAAGCUAUGCUCUGGAUGUAACACUAUCGCAGCUAAUCGAGUCACAGUCUAGUGAAUAUGCAUGGCUGUUGAAGUUGCUAGUUAACUGCUUCGGCUACAGCUGCGUCUUUGUGCCGGGCUAUCUCAUCUACAAGUAUGUGCAGCGCACCAACUAUCUCGAGCGGGGCAAUAAAACGUUUCUGCACACGGCCAUCAAUAUGUGCAUUACGGGCAACUCCAACUAUGAGUCUGUGGACGUUAUUCAUUUGGCCAGCAGCAGCAGCAGCAGUGGAGCAGCCAUGGAACGUGAUCGUCCAAGUAAGCGCACCAGCUCGCAGGAGGCUGUGCAGCUGCUUUGGUGCUUUGGUGGUCUUAUGGUCUCCUAUUUAACGUGGGGUGUGCUGCAGGAGAAGAUCAUGACGCAGCACUAUCAAAACUUCGCUGGAGAAAGUGCUAAGUUUAAGGACUCACAGUUUCUAGUCUUUGCCAACCGUAUGUUGGCUUUCUUUGUGGCAUUAGGGUAUCUGCAAUGGCAGCCGGCUACAACGCGGCAUCGUGCUCCCCUCUACAAGUAUUCGUACGCCUCGUUCUCAAAUAUCAUGAGUGCUUGGUUCCAAUAUGAGGCUCUUAAAUUUGUGAACUUCCCAACGCAGGUGCUGGCCAAGUCCUGCAAGAUCAUACCCGUAAUGCUGAUGGGCAAGAUCAUGUCCAAGGCCAAAUACGAAUCGUACGAGUAUGUCACAGCGUUGCUCAUCUCACUGGGCAUGAUAUUCUUUAUGACUGGAUCCGCGGACAGCAACAAGGCCAGUGGCGUAACCACCUUGACGGGCAUCUUUCUGCUCUCCAUGUAUAUGAUCUUCGACAGCUUCACGGCCAAUUGGCAGGGCUCGCUCUUCAAGAGCUAUGGAAUGACCUCAAUCCAAAUGAUGUGCGGCGUCAAUUUGUUCUCCACCAUUUUCACCGGUGCCUCGCUCUCCAUGCAGGGCGGCUUCAUGGACUCACUGGCAUUUGCCACAGAGCAUCCCAAGUUUGUCUUCGACAUGGUUAUUCUAUCCAUAUGCUCUGCUGUUGGCCAAUUGUUUAUCUACCACACAAUUGAUGUAUUUGGGCCAGUUGUGUUUACAAUUAUCAUGACAGUGCGCCAGGCCGUCGCCAUAAUGCUUUCGUGUUUCAUCUAUCAGCAUAGCAUUACGAUGCUGGGCAUCUUUGGAGUGCUCAUCGUGUUCGCUGCCAUCUUCUUGCGCGUCUAUUGCAAUCAGCAACUGAGAGCUAAACGCAAACGCGCCGAAGCCAGUAAACCAAAAACAGCCGUUUAAUUGUUGCCACACCCUUGGCUUAAACGCACAAAAUCUGCUAAGCUAAGAUCUAUUUUUAAUCUGAGGCUUAUCCCAACUUAAUCUAUCGAACGGAAUCUAUCAAUUGUACAUUAAUGUUUUGUAGUUCUAAGUUGAAAAGAAAAUGUCUUGAGAGGGCUGUGGGUCAAGCAAAUAUUGUAUGAAUACUAAAACUGUAUAAUUUACUACACAUUCAUUGUACGCAUAACUAGAAUGAUAAAUACGUAUGUAUAUAUAAAUUUGUACAAAGUGCGUGCGAAAGUAUGCUUAUUUAACUAGAUCACAUCCAUAUCUGUUAAAAUAUAAGGCAGCUAAGCUUCUAUUGAACUGUAAACGAGUAUUGUGAAGUCGGUUGCAUCCGACCAAAUUGUAUAUGCACUUGCUUUUGUAUAAAAUUUAUUUACAUAUAUGUAUGUAUGUGCUUCCUAAACUGCAAUGUGUAUUAAAAUGACAUGCAAUCAAACUAA